AGAAAUAGAGAGAUAGGGAGAGGGGUGUGUUGUGUGUGGGUGGUGGAUGAAUUGAUGAGAUUUUUGAUGAAGAAGAAUAUGAUGAACUGAGGUGUGUGAGGGACCUACCUUCAUGCUCUUCAUCAUCAUCAUCAUCAUCAUCAUCUGCUUCUUCAUCUUCAAUCAAUCCCAAUCUCCUCCCUUCACCAACCCAAAGAUCACCAUCUCCUUUUCUUUUGAAUAAAUUGUUUGUCUACUUUUUUUAAACAGAUCUUCAGAGGUUGGUUGGGUCACCUAAUUGUGCUUCAUACCCAACCACCCACACCCAGAUCUGUUGUUCUUUUUUUUUUUUUUCUUUUUUUUUUGCUUUUUUUUAUUUUUUUAUUUUUUUUUAAAUAUCUCCAAGGAUUUGUGUUUGUUCUAUACAAAUUCAAAGAUUUGGAGAUAUGGGUCUUUGUAUCUAGACUCAUCUUCAAACUUUUCUUGGAAUUUCCAUGUGUCAGAAUACUGCAUAUUAGAUCUGAAACCCCCACCAUCUUGAUUGCCUUCCUGGAUUCAUUCAGGAAAACUCACUCACUAAAUCCCACAGUUACACCCCUCUCUAUAUGUGUGACAGCUGGUUUUGGUGCUUCCACGGAUUUGCGACGUAAUCUGUAAAGAGAUACCUCUCCUUUCCCAUUAGAUUAAGCGUAUAGGAGGGAGGCCCACUGCUGGGUUUGGUGGGCUUCGCGAACCAAUAAAAACCCGAGUUUUGAAAGGUGUUGGAGAUCCUCUUUCAUCCUCUUUUUUAUAAGGCGAGAAGGAGAGAAUACAAGUGGGAUGCUACUUAUUUAGACCAUUCCUUUUCCACAAUUUGAUCCAUCUUUGGGUUGUUUCUAGUCCUUUAUAUUAAGCUAAGAAUCUGACCCAUCACAGAAUUCUCCUUUUCUGAUGCUUUUCUUCUUGAUCACCUGCUUCUCCUUCUUCCUCCUCUCCCACUCUUUUUCUAUUAGACCACUUCCUUCAUGGGUGAGUGAGAUCAGACUGUCAUCAUCCCUUUGGUUCUGGAAAGAGUUAUCCUUCUUUACCAUUUACAGGUCCAUUAAGAAUAGCCUUUUUGGUGGCUUCUGGGGAAUUCCUUCAAAAAUGUCCUCCACGGAAAAGACCCCCCUCCACAAAGUAGAGAAUGUUGAGGUGGGAUUGGAGAUGGGGUUACUGGACUUGCCUGAAUUGGUAUUGGAAUGCAUUCUUGAGAGGCUUCCACCUGAAGGGCUUUGCAGUUUGGGGGGUGUCUGCAGUUCUUUGAGGGACAGGUGCAUGAGCGACUACUUUUGGAAAAGGCACAUGAAGGAUAAAUGGGGUAGAAUUUUAGGCCGAGCCGCUUACCGAGAGUGGCAAUGGCAUAUGGCCUCUAGGAAGGAUUCAGAUACCCUUGAGCAAGGCAAGCCAAAUGGCUUGAUGAGGUUGCUAUCUCGCUUCGGGCCUCUUUCUUGGAUUAGAUCAAGAUUAAGCAAUAGUACCCCACAGAGGAACUCAGUUCCAGUGGAUUCCAUCAUGUCUUGGUAUCUUGCUCUUGAGACUGGCAGGUUUUGGUUCCCUGCACAGGUUUACAAUCGUGAGCAGAGUGGCCAUGUUGGGUUUAUGUUAUCAUGCUAUGAUGCAGAGCUUAGCUAUGAUUCCCACACUGAUACCUUCCAGGCCAGGUAUCCCCCACAUGGAAGGAAGACGGUUGCCAUAGAGAAUGGAGUGUCUUGGGACAGGCUAAGAGCACCCCCUGUCGAAACUCCUCCACAUGAUCUUCAUAUGUCUGACUGUUUGAAUGAAUUACACCCUGGUGAUCACAUUGAGAUUCAGUGGAGAAGAAACAAGGAAUUCCCUUAUGGUUGGUGGUAUGGUGUUGUAGGACACUUGGAAUCAUGUGAUGGGAAUGAAUCUUAUUGCCGCUGUCAUAAUAGUGAGACUGUGGUGCUGGAGUUUAAUCAAUAUACACCAGGUUCACGGUGGAGACGCACGUCCAUCAACAGAAAAGACCAUCGGGAAGAAGGAAAUGAAGCAGAUGGGUUCUAUGGAGGAAUCAGAAAACUCUGCAGAAAUGAUGAGAUUUCUGUGUGGAAACAGCUUUGGCCGGCCGAAGUCCUGGAAUAGGCUUAUGUAUCAAAGGGCUGUCAACUGCUCACCAUGGUUCAGACAUAGAAGCCUAAUUUUCUUCUGACUAGUGAGAAACUUCUGUUUUUCAGUUGUAAAAGCAGCUUUUAGGAGCAGAAAAUGGGCUUCUAUUUCAUUUGCAUGAAUGUGGAGGUCAUUUUCUUUUCUUUUUCUCCUAUUCUGUUUCAUAUUUUUUCAUGGAUUUUAGGAGAAUUCUUGGCUAUUUCAUUAGGCUCCGCUCCAUGCAAAUUGCCAGCCUCCUAACUGCAAAUCUGUUGUACCAUGUUUACCAUGAUAUAUAAUUUUUAGUUAGUUGCUGUUUGUAAUCUUC